AUGGCCAGCUUACUCCGACGGCCAGGCAAUCUCGCUCAAUACUCGAGGAGAGCCGCAGACCGCAUCUUCCGCGCCGGACCACUACAUACGCGGGUCUCACCAUCGAAAUUAGCAUCCUUGGACACAGCGCGUCGCGUAAGAUCAUUUGCUACGUACCGUGGCGUUGGCCCGAAGCCUCAGAGGAGAACACCGCCCCCAGCAGCAAAUGACGGCAAAGAAAGCAAUGGCGGCAAUCCGGAACCCCCUCAGAAGCCGGAGCCCCCCAAGAAGCCGGAGUCGAAGUUAACCGCCGAGGAGGAGAAUCAAGUCGACGCAUUUAUCGAACAUAUGAGGGAGUAUGUGCCUAAGUCACAUCACAAGCAGCUGGAGACCUUGAAGCAGAUUUCACAGGAAAAUGGCAUGACUUCGGAGAUUCGGGAAUUCAUCGAAAAAUAUAUCAAGACAGGAAAGGAGCCGUCCAUGGUAGAUUACAUGCGGAUUACUCAACAUGUGCGAUCUGUGACCGAGGGACCUGGCAGGCAAGAAACCGAGCAGAAGGGUGGACAAAAGGAUGGACAGGCACAGAGUGGGAAAAGUGGACAGAAUGGGCAGAAGCAACAGGGCCAGGGUUCGCAGGGUCAGGAAUUCAAACUUGACCCCGUGUCAGGCGUCAUCAUGUCAAUCCUCAUGAUUUACGUCUACGGCAGUAUUUUCCCCGGCGAUACUGGCAAGGAUAUCACAUGGGAGGAGUUUAGGAACAAAUACCUGGACAAAGGUCUUGUGGAGAAGUUGACUGUUAGCAACAGAAACAGGGUCCGUGUCGAGUUGAAUCGUGAGGCGGUUGCUCGGAUGUACCCCGACUCACCCGCAGCGCAGCCCAUGUUCUACUACUACUUCACUGUUGGGUCCGUUGAAAGUUUCGAGCGCAAACUCGACCAAGCUCAAUAUGAGCUCGGGAUCCCUAGUUCCGAGCGCAUUCCCGUUUCCUACGUUGACGAAAUCCAUUGGGGGGCCACCCUGCUGUCCUUUGGCCCCACAAUCCUAUUCAUAGGCGGUCUUUACUAUCUCACGAAGCGUGCCGGAAACGCUGGAGGUAAUAGAAACGGCCUAUUCGGUAUUGGCAAGAGCCGAGCCAAGCGCUUCAACCAAGAAACGGAUGUCAAGGUCAAGUUCGCUGACGUUGCUGGAAUGGAUGAAGCCAAGGUCGAGAUCAUGGAGUUUGUCAGCUUUCUCAAGAGCCCAGAGAGGUUCCAGAAGCUUGGUGCGAAGAUUCCGCGCGGUGCAAUCCUGUCGGGACCUCCUGGUACGGGUAAGACGCUGCUCGCCAAGGCCACCGCUGGUGAAUCAGGGGUGCCUUUCUUCAGUGUCAGCGGUUCUGAAUUUGUGGAGAUGUUCGUUGGUGUUGGUCCUUCUCGUGUUCGAGACCUCUUCGCCACUGCGCGCCAGAACACCCCUUGUAUCAUCUUUAUUGAUGAGAUUGAUGCCAUCGGUAAAAAAAGAGCCAGCGGAAAAGCCAGCGGCGGAAAUGAUGAGCGGGAAAGUACAUUGAAUCAAAUCCUUACUGAGAUGGAUGGUUUCAACACUAGCGACCAAGUGGUUGUCUUGGCCGGUACCAACAGACCCGAUAUUCUUGACAGCGCUCUCAUGCGGCCUGGACGUUUCGAUCGGCACAUUGGGAUUGAUCGACCUACCAUGGAGGGUCGUAAGCAUAUCUUCCGUGUUUACCUAAAGAAGAUCGUUACCAAGGAGGACAUGGACUACUUGACGGGUAGACUGUCUGCCCUGACUCCCGGCUUUGCCGGCGCUGACAUCGCAAACUGUGUCAACGAAGCUGCGUUGGUUGCUGCACGUGAGAACGCGGAGACCGUGACCAUGUCGCAUUUCGAGCGGGCAAUUGAGCGUGUCAUCGGCGGCCUGGAAAAGAAAUCCCUUGUGCUCUCACCGGAGGAGAAGCGGACAGUUGCCUAUCAUGAAGCUGGUCACGCCGUCUGCGGUUGGUAUUUCCGCUGGGCGGAUCCGUUGCUCAAGGUUUCAAUUAUACCCCGUGGCCAAGGAGCCCUUGGUUAUGCCCAAUACUUGCCCGCCAAUGGCGAUACCUACCUUUUGACCACCAACCAAAUGCUUGACCGGAUGGCAAUGACCUUGGGAGGCCGCGUCAGCGAGGAACUGCAUUUCGAUUCGGUCACCAGCGGAGCUAGCGACGACUUCAAGAAGGUCACCCACCUGGCCACAGCUAUGGUUACGAAGUAUGGCAUGUCCCCCAAGCUCAAGUACAUCUACUACGACGAGGACACGCAAUCACAGUUCCACAAGCCGUUCUCCGAAGAGACAGCCAAAGACAUCGACGUCGAAGUCCGCCGCAUCGUCAACGAAGCAUACAAGCAAUGUCGCGAUCUCCUUACAGCGAAGAAGAAGGAAGUGGGCAUUGUGGCCGAAGAACUCCUAGCCAAGGAAGUCCUCAGCCGCGAUGACAUGGUCCGCCUGCUUGGUCCCCGCGAGUGGCCGGAAUCUGCAGAAUUCGCCAAAUACUUUAAUAACAAACAAGGGCAGACCAUCGCACCACCUGAGCCUGAAGCAGACGGAAACGCCAAGAGGGUAUUACCGCCUUGA